UGUCCUUAAAAAUUGUGAAAUCCUGCGUGUGAUUGUGACCGGUCUUUGGUUUUUAGUUAAACCUACAUUUAAAAUCCAAAACCCAAUGAACGGUUUGCACACGGAUUACGUUAAUUUUUUUUAAUGAGAUGGAAAAACUGCAGUAUGCACCAUUUAGUUGUGGGCUUGAUGCUGGGUUUUGGCAAAAACUUUCUGAGAAAAAACUGAAUGAAUAUGCACUCGAUGAGACUCCCAGAGUUAUUAGAGGUUUUUAUUUUAAUGGAGAUCUAGCUAACUUAAACCCUCGAAUAGUUUUAGAUUAUACAGGCUUUGACAGGCAGUUUAAAACACCCCCAAGAUGCUUUCUAUCUAUUGGAACUCUUUACCUGAAAAAUACUUUAGACAACUUUAAAGAAUGUGACAAGAAGUUAAUUAUAGACCAAGUUGCUGAACAGAUCUGGCAGGAUAUCAAGGAUCUAAAAGCCGUUGAAGAUCCAUCCCUGUUGUCUCGUUUUGUUUUGCUCUCAUUUGCCGAUUUAAAGAAAUAUCAUUAUUACUACUGGUUUGCGUUUCCUGCUCUUAUAUAUGAUGUAAAUUUACUAUCAAAACCCACUUCAUUAAAAGAUUCUCUUUCCACAGAACAGAUAGAAAAUUUGGUUAAAAGUUAUGAUCAAUUUCAAGCUCAGUUUACGUCAUUUCAUGGUUAUUUUGUAAUCUCUAGCUUAGAGGAUGAUUUAGCUGUGAUAGAACUUAUACACACUGAUACUCUAUUAGCAGCUGGCAAAAAGGUAACAUUUGUAUUUUGUGAUCCAUGUACACUAGAAAAUCAUCCAGGCUGGCCCUUGAGAAAUUUUCUUGUGUUAAUUGCCAAUAAAUGGGGAAAUAAAAUGGAAUCAGUCAAUGUGCUUUGUUUUCGGGAUCGUUCACGAGAUGGUGUUCGUGAUGUCUCUCAUAGUCUACUAUUAAACAUCAAAUUAGAGAAAUUAAAUGACCAAGUUUGUCCAAAAUGUGUAGGUUGGGAAAAGAAUGAAAGACAGAAGUUGGGACCAAGAAUGGUUAACCUAAGUUCAACCAUGGAUCCUACCAGGUUAUGUGAAUCUGCAGUUGAUCUUAAUCUUAAACUUAUGAGAUGGCGUCUGCUACCAGAUCUUAAUCUUGAAAAAAUUGGUUCCACAAAAUGUCUGUUAUUAGGAUCCGGCACUUUAGGCUGUAAUGUAGCAAGAUGUCUGAUGGGUUGGGGUGUACGUAAUAUUACUUUGGUAGAUAACUCAAGAGUGUCUUAUUCUAAUCCAGUACGUCAGUCAUUAUUUGUAUUUGAAGAUUGUUUGAAUGGCGGGAAACCGAAAGCUGAAGCAGCAGCAGACUCUAUGAAGACAAUAUUUCCUGGUGUGAACUCUCUAGGAUUGUCUUUGACCAUUCCUAUGCCUGGACAUUCCAUUACAGAAUCAGCGUUGAAACAAACUGAAAGAGAUGUUCAAGUUUUAGAAGAAUUAAUAGAGAAUCAUGAUGCUGUAUUUUUAUUAAUGGAUACCAGAGAGAGUCGUUGGCUACCAACAUUAAUAGCUGCCGCCAAAAAAAAGAUUGUGAUAAAUGCUGCUUUGGGUUUUGAUACAUUCCUUGUUUUACGCCAUGGUUUUAAAUCAACAGAAGUAAAGAAAUCUGAGUUUAAGUUUGGAGGAGUUAUCUCUGGGGAAAAUCUGGGCUGUUAUUUUUGUAAUGAUGUGGUGGCCCCUGGUGAUUCUACAAGAGAUAGAACAUUAGAUCAACAAUGUACUGUAACAAGACCAGGUAUAUCUAUGAUGGGGGCUGCAUUAGCAGUUGAAUUAUUGGUAUCAAUCUUGCAACAUCCUUUAGGAGCUAAAGCUCCAGCAGAUACAUCGGCCAGUGAUGACAGCAUGUUUACUGUGAAAGAUACAGAAUGUUCACUUGGUAUAGUACCACAUCAGAUGAGAGGAUUUUUAUCCAAGUUUUCAAAUGUUCUUCCAGCUUGUCAAGCUUUUGAUAAAUGUACUGCUUGUUCUGAGAAGGUAAUGGAGAGUUAUAAACAAGAGGGCUUCCAGUUUCUCUUAAAAGUUUUUAAUGAGCCUUCCUAUUUAGAGAACCUGACAGGUUUAACAGCCAUGCACCAAGAAACAGUAGAGGCUGAGGUGUGGGAUAUGAGUGAUGAUGAAGAACUAACAAGUAUAGACUUAACCAGUGUAGAUCUUUCCAGCAUAGAUACAAAAACAAUAGAAAAAUUAUAGAUCUAUAAUUUAUUUAUACACGUGUAUAUUCACUUAUGAUGGAUUCAUUUCACUUUAUUUUAAUUUUAUACAGUAAGAGUAAUCAAUAACAUUUGUUAUGUAUUUGUAUAAGCAGAUCGUAUCUACUAAUGAAUUCUGACUGGAGAACUAACUCAAGAAUUUUUAAUGUUUAUGAGUUGACGUGAUGGUUACUAUCUAUAGUAAUUACUUACAGUAGACAGUUGAUUUUCACUAUUGUACAGAAUUACCUUAGAAAACUAAUUAAUUGUAGAAACUAAAACAAAAAAUCAAUAAAACCUGCGAUCUACAUUUUAAGUUAAAAAAAUGUUUAAAUGUAAAACAAUUACACCAGCUUUUUAAUUCCAAAACACUGGGAGUUGUAUUAUUUAAAUAUUAUGUUUGACGACACUUUUGAAUUACCUGUGAAACUAUCCAUAAAUUUGUUACGUUAUAGAAUAGAAAGUGUCUGGUAAUAUGUGGCACUUUAAAUAUUACAUUUAUUUCUUGUUCUACAGUAACAUCCAACAGAAAACUUUGCCUCUGACAGAUUAACUUACUGGUUUGAAGCCUAAAUUCAGAUCUAUAAAAAUGAUUCCAAUGUUUAUAGAAAUAAUUUAUUAAAAUUAUCCAUCAAAUUUGUGGAUAAAUAUUUAAAAUAAUCUUUUAUCUAGAACUAUAUACAAAACACCUUCAGCCAAACUUAGCAGCACCAGUUCGCUGUCAUUAUAGCUAUCUGACUAAAAAAUUUUCAGUAUUUAAGCUGUUAAGUUUUAUUUACUUUACAUUUGAUUUAUUUUCAGUAUUUUAAGUGGCGUCGAAUUGCAGUCAAAUUCAUUCGGCCGAAUGAGUGGACAUACUAGGCGAAUCCUUCACCCGAUUAACCAGUUGAUUGCAUCACCUUCACGUCACAUUAAACAUGGCAGCGACCAUGUCUUCAAACUAUCAUGUGACUUCUUGAUAUGAGCGGUGAAUUCUACAAUCGAGUGAAUUCUUCGGUGAAGCGACACUCUAGGCGAAUAUAAUUUGGGCGAAUAUAUCAAUGUUUGAUUUGGGCGAAUAUAAAUUCAGCCGAAUGACAGUGGACACACUAGUCGAAUUUCGGCCCCGUUUGAUUUGCCUAGUGUUCCAACGCUUAAGCUGUUAAGUUUUUUUACAUUACAUUGAUUAAAUUAGGUUUAUAUCUAUAUGAAAUUACGGAUUAGCGAAAAUGGAACUAAAUUCAUUUACCAUACAAAAAAUUUUGAAUCUUUGUUUAAUGAGCCUCCAAGUAGUCAUAUUAAUUCUUUUUGUUGUAAUUUAUGUCACAUUGCAAUAAAUAAUUACCUAUAUCAGAUUCAAAGAAGGUAUGUAAUUACCGGUAAAUCAGGAUGUUGUAUAGUCAUUAUACAUUAUUGUGUAUGUUAUUUGUUAAUGGCUUGUAAAUAUUGCACAAAUAAAAUAUUAUACUGUUUAGAA